AUGGCCCAAAGUUCCCAAGAGCAUGAAAUUGACAAGGUGGAGUGGGCCGAGCCUCUUGAUGACGAGAUUGACGAGCUGCAGCUCACAAAGGCACCACGAGAUUACCGCACGAUUCGUGGAGAACUUUGUGUACCGUGUCUUGAGCUCAUGUUAUCGACAGACAAUAUUACUUGUCUUCGAGACUCAAACUGUGAUGCAUGUCGCCUGUGCCGAGAAUCUAAACGGAAAUGUCGGAAAAUCCCCGCGCAAUUUGAUUCCAAGGUCCAUAAACUUCUUGAGACGCCUCUUCAUAGACGAGGACAGCUCAUCAGAGACCUUCUGUCUCAGGUAUGGGAGUUCGAGAAAGCCUUUAACAUUCAUAAGAAGACAAGGAAGAAAGUGAAUCAGGAGGAUCCCCGACAAUGCUAG